CCGCGCCCCGGAGCCGCCAUGGACACGAGCCGCGUGCAACCUAUCAAGCUGGCCAGGGUCACCAAAGUGCUGGGCCGGACCGGUUCUCAGGGGCAGUGCACUCAGGUGCGCGUGGAGUUCAUGGACGACACGAGCCGCUCCAUCAUCCGCAACGUGAAGGGGCCGGUGCGCGAGGGCGACGUUCUCACCCUGCUGGAGUCGGAGCGCGAGGCCCGGCGGCUGCGCUAAGCGGGCCGUGGGGCCGCCCCUGCUGCCGAUCGUCCGUCGGGGCAUGGAGCCUUGCGCCGCUCGUUUGGUCGCGGGGCGCGGAUGGGGAGGAGUGUGGCGGCCGUGUCACUGCAAUAAAGGGUUUUUCCAGUAGCCCCUUGCCCGGGUUUCACUCAUCGAGCGCCGCCUGACACCUCUGUUUUGUCUCCCACCUCAGCACCUGCCGCUUUUUUCGGGUUCAGUAGCAAUAUGCCCUGCUUGUUGCAGGGCAUAGUGUCUUUAUUAUAAUAUCACUGUGUUACUGCAUCUUUACUGACUUCUUGCAACAAAAAUAAUUAUGUUUUGAUUACAGUAGUCUUAAUCCU